CCAACCUCUUCCUCGUCGUUCGAAACGAUGCUAAAAGCUUCAAGGGCGGCCCGCAGUUCGCGCCAACUCCCUCUGGCCGCUCGUCGGUCGUUUGCUACCGUUCAGGAUCCACCUGUACGACGGUAUGGCGGUUUGAAAGACCAAGAUCGAAUUUUCACCAAUGUAUAUUGUCGGCAUGACCACGGUAUUAAGGGCGCCAUGUCUCGUGGUGAUUGGCAUCGCACGAAAGAUAUUCUCAAUAAGGGCGACUCGUGGAUCAUUCAAACCAUCAAAGACUCUGGGUUGAGAGGUCGUGGUGGGGCUGGGUUCCCAAGUGGUCUUAAGUGGAGUUUUAUGAACAAGCCGGGCUGGGAGAACGACAAGCGACCUCGCUACCUCGUUGUCAACGCCGAUGAAGGCGAACCUGGAACUUGCAAAGACCGCGAGAUCCUCCGGGGCGACCCUCACAAACUCAUUGAGGGCUGCCUCAUCGCCGGUCGCGGCAUGAACGCGACGGCGGCCUACAUCUACAUCCGUGGCGAGUUCUACCAGGAAGCCGCGCAUGUCCAGCAGGCGAUCAAUGAGGCGUACAAGUCGGGCUUCCUCGGCAAGGACGCGUGUGGGAGCGGGUACGGCUUCGAUGUGUACCUCCAUCGCGGCGCGGGCGCGUACAUCUGUGGAGAGGAGACGGCGUUGAUUGAGAGCAUUGAGGGAAAGCAGGGCAAGCCUCGUUUAAAACCGCCGUUCCCGGCUGAUGUCGGUCUCUUCGGCUGUCCGACGACCGUUGCAAAUGUGGAGACGGUAGCUGUCGCGCCGACAAUCUGCAGGAGAGGUGGGAGCUGGUUCGCGUCCUUUGGACGGGAGCGAAAUCAGGGCACCAAACUGUUCUGUAUCAGCGGCCAUGUGAACAACCCAUGCGUCGUCGAGGAGGAGAUGAGUAUCCCGCUGAAGGAGCUCAUCGAGAAGCACUGCGGCGGCAUUCGCGGUGGGUGGAAUAACUUGCUUGGGAUCAUUCCCGGUGGUAGUUCCGUCCCUGUCUUGCCCAUCGACAAGUGCGAGGAAGUCCUUAUGGAUUAUGACUCCCUCAAGGAUGCCCAAUCCGGCCUGGGCACGGGCGCCGUCAUCGUCAUGGACAAAUCCACAGACAUCAUUGCCGCCAUUGCUCGCUUCUCGCAGUUCUACAAACACGAGUCGUGUGGCCAGUGCACGCCAUGCCGAGAAGGCACCACAUGGAUGAUGAACAUGAUGGAUCGUUUUGUCGAGGGCCGUGGACACCAGCGCGAGAUCGACAUGCUUUUGGAGCUGACGAAACAAGUCGAAGGACGCACGAUCUGUGCAUUGGGUGACGCUGCCGCGUGGCCCAUCCAGGGCUUGAUGCGGCACUUCCGUCCGGAGGUUGAGAAGCGGAUUGCUGAUUUCCGUGCGCGCGAGGGGGCUGUCAUGUUCGGUGGCAAGAUGGUCAAAGAUAUCGACCCUUCGCUGGCUCUCCCAGACAACCUAGGUGCUCACCUUCCCGAGGUUGGUGCGCCGCAGUAGAUCGAGGUCAUGUUCUACUAGACAGCUAGUUUCUGCCCAAUCCUAAUUUUAUAUAACUCGAU